CUUAUGUGUUUUUGGGCCUAUUUGUAAUGGUGAAGGUCUUCAUAUGUCGAUUGGAACAUCAUUCGCGAAUGUCACUUUCCCCUGUUCACUAUAGCAUAGGUCACUGACUAGUGUCACCAACCGCAAGACUCCAAAAGACCUGCAGACCGGUGGCGAUUUUUAUUUAUUGUAAAAAUGAACCUUAUUGGGAGCUACCAGCAUCAUCACCUGAUGCACAAGACGUUUCCAUUCGUCCAGAGGUGUCAUCAAGAUUAUCCCUACUUCCAAAACUGGGUGGUGAACCAUGGUGAAGUCAACUCUGAUUUCCAGAUCCAGAUGCCUUACUCCACGGAGUUCGGGGCUCCGGGUCCGGCGCAAGAAAGUCAGCUGGACGCUCUCUCCGCGUGCAUGGGGAAGAGGAGAGCAUCAGGGCCGAAGAAGGAGUGGAGAAGGACGGAGAGCAUCAACACCGCGUUCGCCGAACUGAGAGAAUGUAUACCUAACGUACCGGUAGAUACGAAACUGUCCAAAAUUAAAACGUUACGACUAGCAACAAGUUACAUUGCCUACCUAAUGGACGUGCUGGCUAAAGAAACUGGGGAGACAGAGGGAUUCAAGGCCGAAAUCAAGAAAUAUGAUAGAGAUUUGAAACGGAAACGGGAAACGAACGAUGGCCUGCAAGAGUCAUUAGGAAACGAGAAAACGUUCAAAGGACGGACAGGUUGGCCACAGCAAGUCUGGGCUUUGGAACUGAACCAGUGAAUGUUUUGACCUCUGAGCAUGCAACCCACUCAAAGACUCCGUAUUCAAGCACGUCGCUGCAAGGAAUACAACCACUUAUACUCAUCUACUGUAUAUACGUGCAAUGUUUAAAUUCAAACAAGGUGGACUUGGUAAAAUGCAAUAUUAUGCAGAUAUUUCAACAACUGCCUGGUAAACGUUCCUUUGUCAAUUGUCGUCUGAGAGAACUUAAAUGAAAGUUGUAUAGCUUAGAAUAAAUAUUUUUGGUUGUGGAUAGGCCACAAUAACGAACGGAGAGACUGGGAUAUUUGAGGUGUUUCUUUAUGCCUCCCGGUUAUGGGGCAAUGCUGUUCAGCAUUAUUUUUCCCGCUUUGCAUUUGUCUUGUUGUAGUAGAGUCGACUUACUGUCGUGCUAUGUCUUGUAAAGAAAAAUGUUGAAUCUACCUCAAAUUAAUGUAACUGUUCGUUUGAAAUAGAAAACUAAUACAUUCAGCAGUUCAAGACAAAUAACCUAUUUGUUAAAAAACAAUGGAACGCACAGGUUUAUAUUACUUCGAAAUGAUACCGGUAAAGGCCAACUAUUAGACUAUUGGUAUUUCGUUUUGAUAGUUUUCUUCUUAUGAAUUCAAUGUGAAAUUAUAUUCAUAAUGACUUAAUUUAAUCACACAAUCUUUAAAACGGCAAUGAAAUCAGUCAGUUCUUCAACA